UAGCUAGAAGAAGAACUAGUAGAGUUGGACUUGGCAAGAGGAAACGAGAAAGCGAAACGUGACCAACCCCAAACCCAACCGAAUGGCAAUGAAAGCCAACACCUUUCGUUUCAAUUCCCCCCAUCACUGAUUCCUCCUCCUCCUCACACCAUCCUCCUGUAUCCUUAGCUCUCAACAACAACAAAGGAGAAGAAGCUCGUCGAUCGUCGCCGUCGCCGGAGAAGAAGAGUAGGAAGGAUAUGUCUGACUGGGGGCCAGUUGUGAUCGCGGUGGUUCUGUUCGUGCUGCUGUCGCCGGGGCUGCUGCUGCAGCUGCCGGGGAAGCACCAUUUCGUGGAGUUCGGCAACAUGCACACCAGCGCCAUGGCCAUCCUCGUCCACGCCAUCAUCUACUUCGCGCUCAUCGCCCUCUUCGUCAUCGUCAUCGGAGUACACAUCACAACUGACUGAUCGAGCUCGAGCUACCUCCCCAUAUUAGGACUUAAGCAGAGCACCUUCUUCCCUGCUCUUUCUUUCUUUCUGCCUGCCUGCUCUCUGUCCUUAUUGCUACUACUACUAUGUAUAGCUGCUGCUUGACUAAUAAAGCUGUUUAAUUAAUUAUGGACCAUAUUAGCAUGCAUGA